AGAUUUAAGAUGUUAUUUUUGCCUGUAUAUAAAAAAUAGGAAACCUCGAUGACUUCUGUAAAUCACUCCAAACUGAUGCACACUGCAGACUUUGAUUUAAAGUGAGGUGCAGAAUGAUAAAAAGCUCUUAAAGUUGUUCACCAUCCGACAACAAUGGACCAUGUUUGAUUGCUCCAAUGGCUCCAUCAUGAAAACAACUGGACUAAAGAGUAACAUGCCAUCUACACUGGCAGUUAAAAUAGUCAUUAUGUGUUACCUCAUUUAAUCGUUCAUACUUUUCUAUCUUAGGUGUGUUUAAACCUUCUGUCCGGACAAAACAAUGAUAUCAAACCUUUCCUUACGUUUGACUGCUACAGCAAAAUGCUAAAUGGAUAUUUAUUUGAUCUUGACAAUUAAUCAAUAAAAACAUUACCCUUAUCCUGUGAAUCAGUGUUGUGAAUGGAUGAAAUCUAAGCUGGCCUCUUCUCUACUGCAAUAAUCAAUAUCAAAUCAGAGAACUAAGCCAUCCAAGAAAAAUCAAAUACAAUCUGGUGGAUUGUUAAAAAAAGAAAUGUUUUUAAAGAUGCAACUAAAACAAUUGUUAUUUGGAAUGGAUUAACUUUUAAAACCUUUUAAUGUUCAAAUCUCAAGGAUGCGUCCCCUGAAGGAUGGUUGGCCCUCUAAACGUCAGCACAGUUCCAUCAGCGCUGUGCUUUUCCACCAAACUGUUGUCCUUCUUUUUCUAACACCGAGCUGUGCAGCUCAGUCUCUGGUGUUUACACCAUCGCAGCUAAUUGUAGCCAGAGUUGGUGAAGACAUCGUGUUGCCAUGUUAUCUGGACCCUCCUGUGGAUGCCACUGACCUGACCGUGGAGUGGAGGAGACCUGACCUGAAUCCUAGAUUUGUCUAUCUGUGGCAUAAUGGUGUGGAGCUAGGGUUUAAAAAACAUCCAUCCUAUGAGGGGAGAACAUCAAUGUCCAUCAACAAACUGAAGCAUGGUGACAUUUCCCUUAAAGUCCACAAAGUAAAGCUCUCUGAUGAGGGGAGGUAUGGAUGCUUCAUUCCUGCAAUGAACAGGGAGGCUACUGUUGAACUUCUGGUUGGGGCAGUCUCAUCCCUCAUUAUCUGCUUUGGGAUGACGGAGACUGAUGGAGACAUCAGAAGGUUAGUGUUACAGUGUGAGUCCGAAGGCUGGUAUCCAGAGCCUGAGGUGUUGUGGCUGGACAGUGAGGGAAACCUCCUCUCUGCUGGAUCUACAGAGACCAUCAGAGGUCCCGAUGAUCUCUAUACUGUCAGCAGCAGAGUGACUGUGGAGAGGAGACACAACAACAUGUUCACCUGUAGAGUCACACAGAACAACAUCAACCAGACCAGAGAGACACUCAUACAUGUUCCAGAUGAUUUCAGCAAUGUUCAGUGUUCUGCGACUCUUCCAAUCAUCUGCAGCCUGGUUGUGGGUUUUGUGGUUAUUCUUUCAGUCGUCUUUCUAUUGUGGAUCUGGAGACAGAAACAAAAAAGUAAGCCUGUCAUUAAAUAUAUGAUUUUCUGUCUCUGUCUUCCUCAGUUUUACCUUGUUUGUUGUUUUUGCUUUUCAACAGGGAACAUCCGUAUGCAGUCAAAGACAGACACAACAUCAGCUUUAGGUAACACAGAACUUGACUUGCUCAAUGCACAGAAGACGGAAACACAGCAGGACUUUGCAGAGAGCCCAACCAUCCAAGAUUUGGAUGAGAAAAAAGCCAGCUUUGAUGUAGAGUUAAAAGAAAUGGAGGACGAACGCAGAGAUUUGUUGGUGCUGAUUAAUUUAUUAAUGAAUUACAAAAAGGAUCUGGAUGACCAAAGAAAGCAUUAUAAAGAACAUCAGCAAGAGGUCCAGAGACAGAACAGCCAGAAUCAUCUGUUAGAAAAAGGUUUGAUAAAACAGAAUGGAGAAAGUUACGUGAAAUACUCCGAGGAUAAUGAGACAGACAUGAUCAUGAAGUCCAUAUUAAAUAUGGUUGAACAAUUGAUCAAGAAGAAGCAGCGUUUGACCAGUAGGAUGGAUUAAAUUUUUAAACAACAGUGUGAGAUCGAGGAGCAGAAAGAUAAAAUACAGACCAAACUGAAGCGCAGCAGUAGCUCAGUCCGCUGCCAGUCCACUUCCUGAGCACCGAGGUGUCCAUGAGCAAGGCACCGAACCCCAAAACUGCUAUGGGGCGCUCGCUGUG